GCACGUGCCGGAGUGUGCUGGCCGCGUCGGCCCGUGCUCUGCCGGCCGGCAGUGUCCAGGACCGGCCGGCAUCCGUCCGCCGCCGGUCCCAGCUCCCCGCGAGCAGGCGAGGUGCUGCGCUGGGCGAUCGGGGAGCGGUGCUGAGGCUGAGCCAUGUGACGGCCAUGCGGACGGCCGGCCUGCUGGUGCUGGUGGUGGCGGCCGCCGCUGGCCUCGCGCGCGACCAGCUGGUGGAGACCAGCGUGGGCCCCCUGCGCGGCCUGCUCUCGCCGGUGGUCGACGUGCGACUGCCGCGCGUCAUGCAGUUCCUGGGCGUGCCGUACGCCUCGCCGCCGGUCGACUACCUCCGCUUCAUGCCGCCCAAGACACCGAUCCGCAAGUCGGAGGUGCUGAACGCCACUCGCCUGCCGGCCGGGUGUCCGCAGCGCGAGCCGGCGGCCGGCAGCCGCCGGCAGGCCGGGCCGGCGCCGCCGCAGAGCGAGGACUGCCUCUACCUCAAUAUCUACGCGCCGGUGACCGAAGACGCCCAGCGACACCGGUAUCACCAGCGUCACAGGCUGCCCGUGCUGGUCUACAUCCACGGCGAGUCGGCCGGCGAUCAGGCGCGCCGCCUCGACGGCACCGUGCUGGCCAGCUUCGGCGGCGUCAUCGUCGUCACCGUCAACUACCGGCUCGGGGUGCUCGGUUUUCUGAAGCCCACCGUCACCAGCGGUUCGACAUUCGCCAAUUUUGCGCUGUACGACCAGCGUGCAGCGCUGUCAUGGCUGCAGGACAACAUCGAACAGUUCGGCGGCGACCCGACGAACGUGACGGUCAUGGGUCACGGCACGGGCGCCGUUUGCUCCAGCCUGCUCGCCGUGUCGCCGCUCAACUCCAAUCCCGACGUGCUAUUCCAGCGGGUGAUCCUGAUGUCCGGCUCGUCACUCAGCCCGUGGGCGAUGACAGCCGACCCCAUCAACGUCACUGUCUCGGUGGCCAGGGCGCUCAACUGCUCCAUGCAGAGCGACCACCAGCUGCUCGAGUGUCUCCGCUCCAAACCCGUCCGGCAGCUGGUCAAUGUCGACUUUCCGUGGCCGCGUUACGCGCCCAGUCUGAGCCCGUCCGAGGACCACAUCGUGGUGCCGCGCUGGCCGCGGGAUGCUGCCGACCUGGCCCACAGCCUCAGCCGCUUCGAGCUGCUGUUCGGGGUGACAACCCAGGGCGACCUGGGACUGCUGAGUGAGCGCCAGCUGCGCACCGGUCUCAGUCGAGAGGAGCGUGACCGGCUCAUCAGCUCCUUGUUCAGAGCUGGAUACCGGCGCUACACGCGGCAGCUACUGGACAUGGCCACCAAUCGCUACAUGGACGCCCAGAUGAACGUCAUCCGCUACCGCGACAAGACGCUGCAGCUGCUCAGCGAUGCCAUGGUAGUGGCGCCGCUGGUCCGGCUGGCCGACCUGCACGCGCAAUCCACCAGCCGGUCCUACAUGUACGUCUUCAGUCAUGUGACAGACGCCGGAGGCGACCGUCAGUUUGGCAGCGUGCCCGGCGAUGAACUACCCUACGUGUUCGGUGUCCCGCUGGCGCCGCAGUCCAACCUGUUCUUCACGCGGGCCGAGAAGGCGCUCUCCGAGUACAUGAUGACCGCCUGGAGCAGCUUCGUCAAAACGGGGGACCCCAAUGGAGCCAGAAAGCAGGAGGGCUUUAUUUCAGAGCCCAGUGGCGACUCACCGUUCUACGAUCUGAUCUGGCGGCAAUACGACAAACUCAACCAGCGCUAUCUGGAGCUGGGAACACGGCCACGGGAAAGCUCCCAGUACCGACACGUCGAGCUGGACUUUUGGAACCGGGUCGUGCUGGGCCACCUGGCCUCCUCCCCGGGCGCGUUCGAGGGCCCGAUGCCGGAGGACUACGACAACCUGAUGCCGAUGGUGCCUCCGCCGGCGCCGGGCGGGCCUCUGCUGCCGCCGCCGCCGCUGGCACCGAGCACACCGCCGCCGCGUCAGUACCCGCACACGCUGUCACCCCCGCCGGCGGCCGCUCCGGGCGACAGCCGGCACGGUGACUCCGGCGGCGACGUGCAGGAGACGGCGCCGGCCACCGCUACCGGCAUGCUCAGCAUAGUGGUCGUAGUUGGGGUGUGUUUUGUACUGUUGAACUUGUUGAUCUUGGGUGGUGUGUACUAUCAGAAGCAGCGUCUCAAAGUGCGCGAGCGGCGCCUGCAGCGUCAGAGCAGCCUCUCGGAGGCCGGCUCACGGUCGGUCAGUGUGCGCGGCAGCCGGGAGAGUGUGCUCCGACCGAGACUGCUGGCGCGCUCGGCCAGCGGGGACGACCUCCUCGAUAUGCCGGUGGAAGGUAACGGGGGCGUUCCCAGCGCGCGUCGGGCCAGCGAGGGGAGUGUGUCCACGCGCCGGGCGGCGGAGGGUGGUGCCAGAGAGCCACUGGAGGCUGGCUGGAGCUGCGGCGAGCGCGCCGAGCGGGCCUCCGCGCCGCUGGCCAAGGAGCGCUCCCUGGACCGCGGGACAGUGCGCGACAGGGAGCAGCACUCCAAGGCCGCCGUCAGCCGCAACAGCAGCAGAAGCAGCACGCUCGGCAGGGAGCGGCCAGUCGCGUCAGCCGGCUCCAGGAGCGGCAGUGUGCGCUCGAGAAACAGUGUCGCUUCAGCCAGCCUUCCACGCUCAGGGUCCGGAAGUCUUCACGGUUCAUCGCAUCAACUGCGACCCUCAUCUGCGAAGCAGAAUAGCAAAUCUGCCAACAAAGUUCAAACCAAGAAAAAGGGCAUCACCUUGCCGGAGAAGUCGUUGGCCCAGGGGCUGCUGCAACGCGUGAUGCCGAGGACACCGACUGAGGCGUCUGGCCCGACCACGCCGUCCGACCGACCUCCGCGCGGCAUCCUCAAGACGCGUCCCGCGGCCGGCCCGGCCAGCGACUCUAGCGGUAUCUACAGUGAAACGGUGCCGGCGCUGCGCGGAUCUGUAUCCGGCCUGUCGACGGGCAGCGGGUGUCGCGUCGUGUACAGGACCGAUUCCACGUGCCAGGUGGACCUGCCGGACGACCCGGAGGAGGCGGACCACUCGGCGGCCGGCCGCGAGCCCGACUCGGCGUCCGUGGGCAGCGCGCGCUCCCUCCAGCUGAGCUGUAGCUCCUCCGUCGGCGGCCGCAGCUCGUCCAGUCUCCACUUUGUCCCCCGGCCGGCCGCGCUGGCUCCGGAGCCGCGCGCCGAGCCGGCAGAGUUCCCCACGGUGCGCUUCGAGACGGACCCGGUGGAAGACCGCGACGACGUGCCGACGGCGCUGCGGUCGACGCGGCGGCCCGAGACGGCCGGCUACCGGCGCAGCAUCGCGGGCGUGCCGGGCACCGGCGGCGGACAGCCGGUCGAGGCGGCGCGCAGCAUGUCGCUGCAGCGCACUGACCGGCGAGCCCGCCAGAAGCCGCCGCCGCCGCCGCGUACCUGUUCACGGCCGGAGGGUCUGUACGCGGCGCGCGAUGUCACCUGUCCUCAUGGCUACCCGGUGCACCCGCCGCCGCCCGGCACCGACUCGCUGGAACGGUUUGUGCCCGGUCAGGCCGAGUCGCCGGACCCGGCCGGCGCCGCCCGUGUCAGACCAGAGGAGCGUCAGCCGGCGCGACACGGUACGCAGUUCUGAGGACCCAGAACGGCGAGCUGGUGGUCCUCGGCGGGCUAACCGUCCAGCAGACCUCUCGUGUAUGAAGUGAGGUUGUAGGGAGCAGAACCGCAAUAAUCGGGAGACUAGUGAGGGUUGUCUAUUGUCUAAAACUGCCUUUUUUGAACGAGCGUUCGCGCGCGGCUGGAAAGGUCGGGCUGGGACCGAGGGAGGGCUACAGUGUGACUCCUUUUAUAUCUAGUUGUUGCAGACCAUGAGAUGUGUCGAAGCCUCCUGUACCGUCGGUCUGAAUAUCGUUCAACAGAACGACUGCUUUAAUCAUGUGGUGAGCCAAGUGGUGUCUUGUUGCGCCGCCUUAGAUGACUUUUGUUGUUCCGUCGGCUUGCCGCACCGGGUUACCACCGGCGACCGACAAAAGGCCGUUAGACCUAAACCGAAUACCUGGGUCCACGGCCCGAAUUUUCAUCUUCUCGAUAGCUACAAAAUGAGUUCAAUUUGCUGGCAUGCCUCAUUUGAAUUCGUGCAGCCCACGCGGGUGUUGCGAGGGCCACGGAGCCAGUGUCGGUCACGUUCAGGCCCGGUUCAGGUCGCUUGGUACUUACAUCGCGUCCGUCGUAAGCCGUCCGCCCGACGAGAACGAGACCAUCUGAUCAAAUGCAUCCUCAAUCA